UAAUCACUCUGCACGAUCGCGUGAGGAAAAACAUCAAAACAUUCGCUUCGUGUGUUGUGAAAUUUUGAUCCCGAAACAUACAUUUUUCAUAAAUCCAUUCCACAAAUGGGCAAACUGACCCUGCUCCAGUGCCUGUCCGGCCACCGGGGCCGCGUCUGGGGUGCCGGAUGGCACCCACGCGACCCGGUGCUAGCUACCUGCGGCGAGGACAAAACGAUCCGCAUUUGGGCCGACGACGGCACGGGACGGUGGGUUCCGAAGACGGUCCUUUCGGAUGGGCACACGCGGACGAUCCGGGACGUGGCGUGGUCGCCUUGUGGAAGGUUUUUGGCGUCGGCUAGCUUUGACGCUACGGUUGCCAUUUGGGACCGGAGGUCCGGGGAGUUUGAGUGCAACGCAACGCUGGAGGGCCACGAGAACGAGGUGAAGAGCGUGUCGUGGAGCAAGUCGGGGGCGCUGCUGGCGACCUGCAGCCGGGACAAGUCGGUGUGGAUUUGGGAGGUGGCCCAGGAGGACGAGUACGAGUGCGCGGCGGUGUUGAACACGCACUCACAGGACGUCAAGAAGGUCGAGUGGCAUCCGAAUGAGGACGUGCUGGCGUCGGCCAGUUAUGACAAUACGAUCCAGUUGUAUCGGGAGGAUCUGGCCGAUAGUGAUUGGAGCAGUUUUGAUACGCUGGCCUCGCACGACUCGACGGUUUGGAGUAUUGCGUUUGAUGCGAGCGGGAGUCGGUUGGCGUCGUGCAGCGACGACCAGACGGUGCGCAUUUGGCAGGAGUACAAACCGGGGAACGAGUUUGGGGUGGCCUGUCCGGACGGGAAGACGCCGGUUUGGAAGUGCGUUUGUACGCUGUCUGGGUUCCACAGCCGGGCCGUGUACGACAUCAGCUGGUGCAAGAAGACGGGGCUGAUUGCGACGGCUUGCGGGGACGAUAUGGUGCGGAUCUUCCGAGAGGUGGCGGGAUCGCCGGCGAACGAGCCGACCUUUGAGAUGGUCGCCUCGAAGCACGCCCACUCGCAGGACGCGAACACGGUCGAGUGGAGUCCGACGGUGGCCGGGCUGCUGGUGACGACCAGCGACGACGGCGACGUCAAGUUGUGGAAGUUUGAGGAUGAUGAGUAGUUCCUUGGUUGAUUUUUGAAAUAAAGUUUAGGGUGGAAGAAC